GCCGCAUGGAUGAGCAACGCUGCCACCUGCCCGGCACCCACGCCUCAGCUGGUCCCAGCCCUGAGACCCGGGAGAGCCCGAGCCCCCAACCCGAGAUGGACUCCUUCCUGGAACUGGUGGCCAGCAGCCAGGGCCGGCGCAUGGACGACCAGCGCGUCAGCUUUGCCCACCUGCCCGGCUUCCAGCCUGCCGAGCGUGGGCCCCCCACCCCCACCCCGCCCAAGGAGGGCGAGGCCCCCGCCCACCCCAACACCGUGGCCCUCCUGGACCCUCCCAUCACACCCUCUGAAGACUACUUUACCCUCAUCCACCGCAUCCACCAGCACCAGUUGCAGACCACUGGUGCCUGGCUCCGCAGCCCCCCUCACCUGCCUUAGUUCUUCCCACCCUCCAUCAACACUCCCCAGAAGCCCCCCCACUCACCUGUGUCCCCAUAAUAUCCCCAUCAACCCAAUAUGCCCCUCACCCACCCCCUUCCACCCUCAAUACUUUUCCUACCGUCCAGCAGCUACCCCAUGAGCUCCAGGCCCUGCCCCAGUAUCCACCCACCUAAACCCUGAGGUCCCACAAGUGCCCUCCCUUCACCCCAGUGAUCCCAACCCCAGACUCGCCCAGGCCUCUCGCUGCAGCACCUUGGGUCUGAACUAGGGACCCUAACCCCUGGAUGUGGGGGCAGAUCCCCUUCCCCCAGCAGGGGCCAAAGGCCUGGCUGGGAGGUAUUGAGGGUCUCUUCCCUGCACCCAAAGGCUGGAAGGUUGAGGGGGGUGGUCUCCCCUUGCCCUCUGCACGUGCCAGCACUACAAUAAACUAGUCUUUGAUGAAAGCAGGUGUGUGUAUGUGGUGCUGGUGGGUGCGGGCAUGGUGGGAGUGGUGGGGUGAGGGGACCGCCCAAGGACCAGCUUGG